AUGCAGUUCAUGCUGCUCACGUUUGUCCCAUACGACCUCCAGGGGUUUCUCACCAGCGUCGUGGCCAUCUGCAGCUACUUUCGCCUUCGAACGCGGUUCGACCUGGGCCUGAGUCUCAAAGCCAUCAACCCGUCGUCGAUCGAGUUUGACGAACCCCUCGCUAUCCUCGGCCAAGGCGCGUUCGCUGUCGUGGUCAAGGCUACGUGGUUCCCGUCGCGGCAGCUCGAGUACGGCACUGUGCUCGGCUGCUUGUUCCCUAUGACUGCCGCCAAGAGCUCGACCAGCACUGACAACCACCCUCGACGACGACCCAUGUCUCCCCAUGACAACACGAGUGUGCGCGUCGCAGUCAAAACGUUCAAGCUCGAACGCAACGGCGCCAACUCGACGCUGAAUGGGAUCCAGGAAGAAGCGUACUUGGCGUCCAAGCUCAUCCACCCCAACAUCAUGGCCACGUACGGGUGCUACACGGUAGGCUCGACGCUCUACCUUGUGUGCGAAUACCUCGGCGGCGGCACCCUCCAAGACGUGAUCGACACGGCACAGCCAUUGCCGUACGAACAAGUGCUGCUGUACGCGCUGCAAAUUGCCUCUGGCAUGGAGUUUCUCCACGGGUUGGCGGUGCCCGUGAUCCAUCGCGAUCUGAAGCCCCUCAACUGCUGCUUUGACCAAACUCACUCGACGCUCAAGCUCGUGGACUUUGGGUUCUCGAGGCUGUUCCGGGCCGACCCGAAACAAGCCGCCAGCAACACGACGCCGCGCCCGACGACGUGCACUGACAGGGAAAUGGAAUCGCGCCGCACCAACCUACCGCUGUUUAGCAGCGCCACGUCCCGGUUUUCACGCGUUCCAGAGCAACUCGGGGACUCGGGGCACACGUGCCCGUCGUUGCUGCUCACGUCGCGCGUGGGGACGGUGUGUUGGGCGGCGCCCGAAGUGCUCUCAGAGGACGAACAGACGCGGUACAGCCUCAAGGUGGACGUGUACAGCUUCGGCAUCAUAUGUUGGCAGCUGUACACUGGCAAGCAGCCCUUCAGCGACAUCCCUGGCAGCGUCUUGGCCGUGGAGGAGGCGGUGCUGCAAGGCACGCGGCCCCGAAUCCCCGACGACUGCCCCGUGCACUUUGCCAAGCUCAUGCGGCGCGCGUGGCAUGCCAAUCCGGACCGCCGCCCGUCGUUCGUGGACGUCGUGCGCGUGCUCGCGGCCGAGCUCAACCAGUUCCACAUGUUUGGCACUGUGCGCAGCGAACCCAAGAGUCCAUGCGACUGGGACUAA